AUGCUGGGGAGAGAGAUUGACGUGUGGGAUUUUGAUGAAGGAGCCACGAAGAUAAGAAGAUUUCUACGUCCGAGAAAGGUGCUUCUCGUUCUUGAUGAUGUCAAUCAUUCAGACCAGUUGGACUAUUUGGCUGGAAAGGAAGAUUGGUAUGGUUUUGGAAGUGUAGUUAUCAUUACAACUAGAGAUGCUCACCCGUUAGUUAAACAUGGAGUGGUGAGAAGAUCUGAGGUCCAGGUUCUAAAUACAGAUGAAGCUCUUCAGCUUUUUUUCCAGCACGCCUUCAGAAAAGGUUACCCUGAGCAAAGCUACCGUGAUUUGUCUAAUCAAGUUGUGAAGUAUGCCAAAGGUCUCCCUCUAGCUCUUAAAGUCUUGGGUUCUUUUUUGCAUGGGAGAGAUAUACCUGCGUGGGAGAGUGCGUUGGCAAAAUUGAGAAAAGUUGGUGAUGCUGAAAUUUUUGAGGCACUUAAAAUAAGUUAUGACGGUCUAGAUGACCAUGAGAAGAAUAUCUUCCUAGACAUUGCAUGUUUUCACAUUGGGUACAACAAACAUAAAGUAAUGCAGUUACUGGACACAUGUGUCUUUGCUGCAACUAUUGGAAUUGAUGUACUUGCGAAGAGAUCUCUCUUAACUAUUUCAGAUGCUGGCAUUUUAGAAAUGCAUGAUUUGCUCAGAGAAAUGGGCCUUGAAAUUGUUCGCCGAGAAUCUCCUGAUGAGCCAGGCAAGCGAAGUAGGUUGUGCCUUGAAGAUGACGUCAUUCGCGUCCUGGAAAAAAAUCGACAGUUAAAAAGUUUGAAACACAUCCACCUCCGUCACUCUUUAAAUCUUUGCACGACCCCCGACUUCAGUGGUUGUCCAAAUCUCGAACUAUUGGAUUUUGAAGGUUGUAUACAGCUGUAUGAGGUUGAUUCAUCCGUUGGAUUUCUUAGAAGACUUACUUGGAUGUACUUGAAAGGUUGCAAAAACCUUAGGCUUCUUCCAAGCAGUGUAUCUGGCUUAAAAUCACUGAAAUUUCUUGAUCUUAGAGAUUGCUCGAAGCUUGAGAAGUUACCGGAAGACUUCGGUCAUUUAGAGGUUCUGGAAGUGCUUUAUGUGAAUGGAACUGCCCUGAGAGAACUGCCUUCAUGCAUGGGUCUUAAGAAUCUCAAAAAAUUGGACUUUUAUGGAUGUACAAGACUACCGAUAUCUAAGUUGCUGCCUUCCUUUGCUGGUUUACAUUCUUUAACACUAUUGGAUUUGUCGCACUGCAAUCUUUUGGAACGAGCCAUCCCCGAUGAUAUGGGCUAUUCGUUUAGUAAGGAGUUUGUGGGAUUUGCGCUCUGUGCUGUUUUUGCAGUACAUGGAAACCGCCAGUUCCCACCAGUUUUGAAGUAUCGGUAUCAAAUUAUUUGCAUUGUGAAAGUAGAUGGACAAGAGAACUCUAAGUCUUUAGACUUUAAGUUCAGCCAUACGCUAGGACGAGUUGUGCCAGAUCACCUUUGGUUUUCUUACAACAAUGAUCUGUCUUCGUAUUUUCGUCGUGCAGAUACAACAGAGUUGAAACAAAUUGAAUUUUCAUUUCGUGUCAAGGGCCAAGGCUUGGUUAUCAAGAAAUGUGGGGUCCGUUUAGUAUAUGAACAAGAUGUGGCAGAGGUAAACCAAAGCAACGCUGCCCUUUCUAAUGAGGCUUUGGAAAUUCCUCUUUCUGAUUCGGAGAAAGCAGCAGUUGUAUCUCAUGCCAUUCCCAAGCGAGGCCUUCCUCCUCACUCUCAAGGAGACGGACCUAGUGGAGGUGGUUUUUCUUUUUAUAAAGAACCUCAGCCAGAUCGUCUGGAAAGAUUAAAGUCUGCGUGUGCUAGGGUCAAGAAGCCCCUCCCCCCUUCAUACCUAUGUGAUCUAAUUAAGUCUCAUCCCAAUAGACGCGUUCUUCCUCGUAAGUAUUGUGUAAACUGA